UAAAAAUUACCGACAACCGAAAAGAUACACACAGAGUGGUGCAAUGUUGUAAUGUAGCCUAUAUCGUUCUGUCAAAUUAACAAUUAUGUUACAAUGUAACGAAAAAUGCGAGAUUUUACCUGAAAGGAGUUUACAACUUCAGUUACACGCUCUUAGCAAAUCUAUGUCAUGCUGUGCAGUGGAAAGGCUGUGCGUGUACUUGUUGAGCUCCAGGACCAUCACAGAGUACGAGAGCCAGGUGAUCUGGUCCCAGAGAACAGACAUGGAGAAGGCUGCCAAACUGCUCCAGGUGGUGCUGAAGAAAGGUCGCAACGCCUGUCUGCUCUUUUUCGACUCACUAGAAAAGUGUUGCCAGUGCCCACCACAGUUCGAAAGAGUUACAGGCCUCCCAGAGAGGAGGAGGACCAACACUGCCCCAACUUACGUCAUCAACAUCAGCCAUUCCAAUUUGAGUAACUGCAUCAUUGGAGAUGGCAACUUUCAAGGAGUGACAACGUGUAUACAACAACCUCAGAGCAUGGGUUCAGAGGAUGCUAGGCAUGAGACAAUGGGAGGCAACGUCACCAGUGAUCACCAGAGAGCAGUACAGGUCUGUCUAGAUCCAGAGCUCCAGAGGAGUGUCCAGGUCUACGGGUCCCAACUGCAGUAUGUCAUCAUCGGGGACAACAACAGCCUGCAGGCUGAAGACACACCGGAAGAGGAAGAAGAGGAAGAAGAAAAACUCAUUAAUGAAAGUAGCUGAUUGGAUUUGUGUCGUGCUUUUCCAGAUGCUCAAAGUGGUUUACAUUGUAUUGGGGAAACUCCCCUCAUACACCACCAACUAGUUUCCAUUUAAGUCAUUUAGCAGACUCUUUUAUCCAGAGUGACUUACAGGAGCAAUUAGGGCACAUCGACAGAUUUUUCACCUAGACAGAUUUUUCACCUAGACAGAUUUUUCACUAAGAAAUUCAAACCAGUGACCUUUCAGUUACUGGCCCAUCGCUCUUAACCGCUAGGUUACCUGCCUCUGGUGCCAAAGGUUUCAUGUUUGAAUCCAGUGAUAGAAAGUUGUAUUUGAGAUUUUAGUUUUAAGCCUAUCCCAAACCUGAACCCUUACCUUAACCAUUCAAAGUUCAUGCCUAACCUUUAAUGUCUAAACUAGUUGUUGUGUGGCACUGCAUCAGUAUCCUAUCAGAGCCAUACAUAUCAUAUAUGCAUUUAAACUCUUCUAUCCUAGAUGCCAUCUCCUGCUGUUGUGCGCUUGAGCAAGUUACUGCACCACAGGCAACCGUGGCUCUCAAUCUCCAUGAGUGAUAUGGGGACAAAAUGUAUGGCCAUUGGCUACAUUGUAAUAAUAUAUAAUAAUAAUAUAUGCCAUUUAGCAGACGCUUUUAUCCAAAACGACUUACAGUCAUGUGUGCAUACAUUCUACGUAUGGGUGGUCCCGGGAAUCAAACCCACUACCCUGGCGUUACAAGCGCCAUGCUCUACCAACUGAGCUACAGAAGGACCAUGUUCCUUGCUGUGUCGAUGAACUUGAUUUCUAGGGAAUGUAAAUGUAUUGUAAAUUGUAGUGUAUUGUUUGGAUAGUAUAACUUAACCCUACAUAAUCAAAAAUGAACCAUAUUUUUGGUCCGUAGACUUAUGGAAUAAGUAUUGAAUCAUACAGUACCUAGAUUAUGUUCUGUGAACCCAAUUUAUAAUGACCGCACUGACCACUGCUGCUGAUAAAGUGCAUUUAAUUUAUUUGAAGUAUUUACUUGCUGCAAAAAAAAGAAAAGAAAAGGUGCUGUUUUACUUUGAAUGUAUUCUUAAUGUAUUCAUUUGAAUAAAUGUUAGGACAUACGGAUUUAUCUUUACUGAAAAUGAUACUGUACAUAUUCACUGUUCUACUAAGUUAUCAACAUUUGUUGAAAUAGGUUAUUCCUAUAGAAAGAAAAAGUUUAUUAUAAAAGGUACAUCAAUUAUUAUUGUUUUAUACGUCAAUAAAAACAAAC